AUGGGUGAGCGCAAGGUGCUCAACCGCUACUUCCCGCCGGACUUUGAUCCGACCAAGCUGCCCAAGAUGAAGAAGGUGCGCAGCGAGGACAAGCAGAUGAAGGUGCGGAUGAUGCUGCCCAUGACGGUGCGCUGCAACGUGUGCGGCACCUUCAUGUACAAGGGCACCAAGUUCAACACGCGCAUGGAGGAUGUGCGGGGGGAGAACUACCUGGGCAUCAAGAUCUUCAGGUUUUACUACCGCUGCACCCACUGCUCCGCGGAGUUCUGCAUGAAGACAGACCCCCAGAAUGCGGACUAUGAGCUGGAGGCGGGCGCCACCCGCAACUACGAGCCCUGGCGCGACAAGGAGAAGGCUGUGGCCCAAGCGGUGGCCUCGCGGGAGGAGGAGGAGCGGGGCAACGCCAUGAAGGCAAGCGGGGGCUGGUGGGGGCCG